CAUGAUGGUAUUAGCAAUAAUGUAUUUUUGCAAAAUAGAAACAAGAAAUGUUAAAAUUCCAAAUUUGAGGUUAUGUUUUUGAAAAUGAGUAAAAACAAGAAAUUUAAUUUAAAAAAUUUCAUCCUUGCUGAGGAACGCAAAAGGAUAUGGAAAGAAUCAGUCGACAAGCAGGAAUACAGAGAAAACGUAGAUUUAUUGGAUAGACUCCAGAAGAGAAAUUUGGAAUUGGUGACUAAAAGAAAUAAAUCGUUUGAAAGCAAACAAAUAAGAAACCGUAGAAAUGUAGGUAAAAUUAGUAAAAAGAAGACUAGAAGCCAAAGACAAGGAAAUGCUAGUGAGUCAACAUGUCCUGAAGUCUGUGUAAAGGAGCUUCUUUCGCUUAUUCAUUGUUUGGAAAAUAACACAAUCAACGCAAGAAAAGAAGUUCAUGAUUGCUUAGAACGCCAAAGUUCAACGUUUGGUCUUUUCUGGGAUUCACCAACUCAGAUAUUGAGACUUGCAAAAAAGUGCGUUUUAACUCAAGAAUGGUCAAAGAUGACCUAUUUUUUACUAUUGCUUUUACAUUUUGACAAGAAAUACCUUAAUAUUAUCAAAAAUAUGGUCACAAUUAUGAUUAAGUUUAACCCAUUGGUGAAGGAAAGUGGAUUAGAAAGCCAAUUCAAAACAUUAGUCCAAACAUCAAGUACCAAGUCUUUAAUUGUAUAAGGAAAUAAAACAAUAUUUGUACAAAAAA